AUGGCCAUGCUGGCUUCCAAACCCUCGUUUCCCACCGCUAUGGGAGGGGCCACAUAUCAAAACACCUCGCCCGCCUUCCGUAACAACAACAAUGCAGUAUAUGGCAGCCCUACCGAAUCCGAGUUUUCCGACUCUUCCAGAAUGUCUGACACAGUAAAGCNNAACAACAUCACUGGCGAGAACCUUAUGGACAUGGACCCUGCCACACUAAAAGAGAUGGGAGUUACCAAGAUCGGCGACCGCGUCCGCAUUGGUUCUCAGGCAAAGCUGUUCAGGACGACUGUCUAUAGGAAGACGACCACACUCGACGGCAAUGCCCAAGCGAACGCUCCUCCGGCCUCAUCACCACGCGAGCGUGCCGUCCUCUCCACCACACGGAUCCAACCUCCUCCUACAUCCCUUCGCGACAAGCGUAUCUCCCGUCGCAUUGACGGUCAAGACCUUGCAAAGGCAAACUCCCGCCCUUCUUCGCCAUUAAUAGACCAAGAGAAUCGUUCCCGUGUUCCCAUGCAAAAGAGCAACAGCACACCAUAUCUCCCCAAGCCAUCUCAGAGGCUUACCCCCGGCGAAACUCCUCCACGCUUCGGCGGCCCGGUCGCCGGUCACAUACGCUCAAGCCCCAGCGUCGACAACCUUGUCACUCACAGCAGCGCUCUACCUGCCGACAAGGCUCUGAUAAGAGUCAUCUUUGACAGCGGCCGCUCCUCCAUGAUCAACAUCGAAGGUUGCGAGACUGCCGACGACAUUGUUCUCAAGACUCUUAAGAAGGGUGCUCUCAAUGAGAACCACGUCAAGAACUUUUGCUUCUACCUCCUCGAUGGUUUGAACCCGGAUCCGAAAUACUGUCGUCGUUUGGGUGACACGGAAUUGCUUCGCAUCUGCAAUGAUCGCGUGCGUGGUGAGAGGNGUCGUCUCAUGCUCCGCAAGAUCCAUGCUGGAGAGCCCGAGGGAGAGCAGCUACGCAUCGCCGCCAAGAUUGCUGAAAAAGAAGCCCCCUCACCUCCUGCAAUUGAGGUACAGCAACCCAUCAACAAAUCAAAGAGCCACCUCAAGAUUGAGCAGCUUAUUGGCGAGCCUUUGGCUGCUGUCAGCUACCCAAUGUCUCCUGCCUCGUUGCUCGAGCGUGAGAGAAACUCAUACUUUGCUGCUCAGCCCGCCAUCAAUACCGCCGGUGCCAGAGCACGUAAACUCAAAGAAUUUUAUGGCGCCCGCCCACCUACCGAACUCAUUACCCAGGAUCUCACGUCAUACUUCCCGGACAUUGAGAAGGAAGAGAUGGACAAGACAGUACGCAUGUCGAUCCGCCGCUCACGCAGACUCAGCAGAGCUGCCAACCGCCUAAGUACUAUGAGUAGCUUCAGCGUUGCCUCGAGUCUCAAAGACGCUCCUCCGCUUCCCACCAUCGCCGACAGCUGGUUGAACUCGGCCAACCACCCGAAACCUCUUCGUCCUCUCUCUGUUGUACGUCUUGGUCGUCCCGUUUCCAACUACCGCGACUCGAUCACAUCAUCUGUACUUGAGCCUCUGGACGAGGAGUCACCCCUGGAGCCCAACCGCAAGUCCUAUGUUUCUUUCGGCGCCGACAGCGGGUCCGAUUCUGUCGCUGUCACUGAUCCAGAAGGAAACACUAUCAUGCAGAGCUACUUCGACGAUACCGGUAGCACCAGUCCCGCAAAUACCGAGAACGGUGGAUCUCUCAACUCUCGUCUCAGUCAAGUCAUUGCUGAGGAUGGCGAAGAAUCUGACGAUGAACUGAUGGAACAUCUGGAAAACGACAGUUGGGAGAACCUCAAGUACAUGAAGGGUGCCAUGAUUGGAUAA